AUGUGUUCCGGCCCGAGCGAGGACUUCUUCGGGCGCUGGCCCUGCCCGGGCUGCCGGCCGCGGGGGCCCGGCGGGCUCGCGGAGGCGCAGCUCGCGGGCUGCUGCGCCCUGCGCGCCUGCGGGCGGCAGCCGCCGUGGCGCGCCGAGUGCGGGCGGGCGUGCACGGACGAGGAGGUCCGGGGCGCCGGCGGCGGCGAGGCCCUGGCCCGGGAGGCGCUGCGCCGCUUCGUGGGCGUCUCGGGGGCCGGGGCCGCCGGGGGGGCCGCCGCCCGCAACGCCUUCCUGGCGGAGGUGCUCCGCGCCCUGGGGGAGGACCAUUCGGCGUCGCAGCUACUGCUGCGAGGCGUGGCCCUGCGCGCCGUGCGGGCCGCGCAGCCGCUGGAGAGGACGGCGGAGGCGGUCUGGCGGUGCCACGGCUUCCUCGUCCGCGCCGGGUGGCCGCUGGGCAUGAUGCCGCUGCACGGCCUCUACGGGGCGCUCAUCGAGCGGGCGCAGGCGGAGCUCGCGGCGCACGCGGCGGGGGCGCCCUGGCCGGCCUCUUGGCCCUCCGUGGUCGCGGCCGCGGCCCACUGCGCGGCCGUGCUGGAGGGCCCCGACAGCGCCAGGGCGAGGCGGGGCGCUCUCUGCAGCCUCCUCUGCGCGAGGGAGGGGGCUCCGCCGUGCGUCGCGUAG